AUGAGGGCUUCAAACCCUCAAAAUUGCUUCGUACAAAUUAAAAUUCAUCUUUUGCCAACAAUCUGCAAGAAGAAAAUGUGUCUUAGAUUUAUCGUCAGUCGCGAAUAUUGCAGUGAAGCUCAAGUUAAAAGAACUUGGUUGUUAAUUUCUCAUUAUGCGACUAAUUUUAGGGAUGAAAUCAAGAGAAGACGUGCACUUCCAAUUAAGGCUCAAGCCUAA